AUGGGAGCACUUAAAGAGAGACGCGCCGCGGCCAGUCGUUCCCGCGCGUGCGAGGAAAGCCAUCCAGUCGUCUCCGUCGCGCACAAGGCAAUCGGCUCGAUCGUCUUCGUGACGCACACACAAGGCAAUCGAUCAGGCUCGUCUCCCUCAACCGUGCAAGGCCAUCUGCGCGUCUCUGAUGUUUCAAGCACGUACGCACGGCCGGCCUUGGCCCCGACGGCUGCUGAUCAGAAGAAGAUAGGGUUCAUAUGUUCGCAGUCCGCUGUUGGUGAUGCUGACCCGAUGGGAGCAGGAGAUCUCCGACUUGAUGUAGGAGAUAGCCGGCCGGAUUAGCUGAUGGCCCCGUGCGAUGGACACAGGGACCGCACCGGCGUUCACCCUUCAAAGAAAAUGGCCGGCUUGAUGAACUAGAUGGCCGGCCGUACUAGUUGAUGCCCCCUGCGAUGAAGACAGAGUCUGCGCCGGCGUUGCCCUUCUCCACGUGAGGAGUCUCGCGGCGGCCAUGCUACGAGUCGUGGUAGUUGAUCCAGUUGGAUGUGGGUACCAAGCCAAAAUACUAAACUAUUGGAGAUACUAAAUUUUUUGACUUGCUAUAUGUUUUAGUCACUUGCCAAAUACCCAAAUUUACCAAGUUAUUUUUGCCAAACUAUUGGAGUUGCUCUAA